GCUUAGCAUUUGGGAGCUAAAAAGUGACACCAGGAUAGCAGUUACUUUUAAUGAGAUGGUGCAGCCAAUAGGAGAAGAAGGAAAAGAAUUGACACAAUUCUUAGGCACCCUUGUAAAAAUGCCAAGUCAUGUUGGAAUAAAUUUUGAUGAUUGGAGAGAUGUUGCGCAUACAACUAAGGAAACAUUAUGGAGUAUCGUGAAGGAAAAAUUCAAAUUUCUACCGGCUGAAACUCCAGAUGUGAAGAAAUGGGUGAUUGCAAAUAUGGGAUCAAAGUGGAAGUCUUGGAAAAAUACCUUGAGAUCAAAAAAUUAUGAUCCAGCCCUAACUAUUGAUGAAAUGGUACAAAAUGAGAAAGAUAUGAGGGUAAAUAAAUCUCAAUUCACAGAACUUGUUAAGACUUGGAUGAAUCCAGAGUUUCAGGCAAUGUCUGAAUUAAAGAAAGGGAGUCGGUCAAAGAAUCAAGAGCCACACACUACUGGCUCAAAGUCCUUUGCUAGACUUGCUGAAGAAGAGGCUAUAAAAAAUAAUGGUGUCCUCCCAACACGCGGGAAAUUAUUUAUUAAAAGUCGAACUCGAAAAGAUGACACUAUUGUCAAUUCUACAGCAACUAGAGUUGUGGAAGCUCUUCAUCAUGUGAUGAAUGAGGCUGUGGACACUCAAGAUUCUGAGGACACUACUGAUUGGAGAAAUGAUGACUUAGCCAAGGUUAAGGGACCUGAAAAAAGAGGGCGCAUUCGUUGUGUAGGAUUUACAAUCGUAAAGGAUAAACAAACUUCAUCCUCUCAACAAUCGCAAAUUCCUAUUCAAGACCCACAAGUGCCUAUCCUUCAAGCGCAAGUUUCUUCACUUUCCAGAAAGGUUGAUAUUCUGCUGGGUGCUUUCAAACAUAACAUGACUUCUGGCCAAUUUAGCGCAAUUCUCAACAGCUUGAGUAAUGAGGUUGUUAAUGGACCAACACCUACUAAUGAGCCAUCAUCAACUGGAAGUCAUCAUACUUAAGAAGUUAUUUGGAGAUCAAGCUUAUACACAUAUAGUUGUUUUUAUGGGCAAUUUCAAUUUGCAUCAUUGUGAGCUUUAAGUUUUUUUUUGGACUUCUAUGGUGUAAGUUUGAGUAUGAAAGGAGUGUCUAGUUUCUGGAAAUAACUUUAGUUCUAUGGUACACGUA